AUCAUCAGGGUGACAAAGGAGAUAGAGUUUCUAAAUAAAGCAUAUAACCAUGGCCAUCAUGUCUGCAUUUUUAUGCUUAUUGCUCAUUCUCUCAUUUUUCUCUUCUGGAACCUCACUAAGUUCAAACUACUAUUCCAAAACAUGCCCAAAUGUAGAAUCACUUGUCAGAAGGGCGGUGAGGGAUGCCGCGACAACUGACAAAAAGGUCCCAGCGGCGCUGCUAAGGAUGCACUUCCAUGACUGUUUCAUAAGAGGAUGUGAUGCUUCGGUUUUGUUGAAUUCUAAUGGGAAAAACACUGCUGAGAAGGACGGACCUCCUAAUGUUUCUUUGCACGCGUUUUAUGUCAUUGACAAUGCUAAGAAAGUGGUUGAAUCUGCGUGCCCAGGAAUAGUUUCGUGUGCGGAUAUCUUAGCUUUCGCGGCAAGAGAUGCAGUCGUGCUGUCUGGAGGACCAUCCUGGGAUGUGCCUAAAGGAAGAAAAGAUGGAAGAACAUCAAAGGCCAGUGAAACCAUACAACUCCCAGCUCCUACUUUCAACAUAUCUCAGCUUCAAAAAAGCUUUGCUCAAAGAGGUCUGUCCCUUGAAGACCUAGUGGCACUUUCAGGUGGGCAUACUCUUGGAUUCUCUCAUUGCUCCUCGUUCAAAAACAGAAUCCACAACUUCAACUCCACGACCGAUAUCGACCCUUCAAUCCACCCUUCAUUUGCUGCAACUUUAAGGAGCGUUUGCCCAGCCAAAAAUGCAAAGAAUGCAGGAGUUGCAAUGGAUCCUUCUUCUGCUAGUUUUGAUAAUACAUACUACAAACUCAUCUUCCAGCAAAAGGCUUUAUUUUCUUCAGACAAAGCUUUGCUCGAUUCCCCUAAAACCAAAAAUCUGGCAUCUAAGUUUGCAAGCUCCGAAGAUGCGUUCACAAAGGCAUUUAUAAAGUCCAUGAUCAAAAUGAGUAGCAUAACAGGUGGUCAGGAGGUCAGAAAGGACUGUAGGGUGGUAAACUAGACUACUUACGAAGAUGUGUAUGCACUUCCAAGUGGCGAGCGAAGAGCACCUCUAUUUCUGUUCAGAAAGGUGGAGACAUUAAGCUAGUUGUUGCAAGUUUACAAGAUAAGGAAAUCUUUGCAAAAAUAUGAUAUGGUCAUAUUAAAUUUAUUACAAAAAUGUUCAAGUUUAUGAUACCAAGCAAGAUAUAUUACAAUCAGUUUGGAGCUUUUUAUGAAAAUUUGGGCAAGGAAAGACAAAUGAGUAGAUAUAGAGAGCUCAGAAAUACAAAAGAGGAUAUAUAGAUAGAGUUGACCAUCUAAUCUGAUCCCAAAAUAUGAGCAA